AUGACGAGGGGCGGUGGUUGGAACAUCUGUGACUUUACCUGCAAAAGUUAUUGGGGUAAUCAGCUACGGGGCGUGGUUGUGUAUCUGACGUUUGCGGCCAUUGCGCUCUUCCACAAGAGCCAUAGAGAAAACUACGACGACACCGACGUCAAGAUCACCUACACUUUGCUGUGCUGCACCGCCGCUCUGGAGUUCAUUAUACCCGGCAUCAAGCCGUACGUUAAUGUCAUCCAGACAAUCAACAGGACUUGGCCUGACCUUUUUGCCCAGUACAACCUCCUAUGGCACUUGGCCCGCAACAGGAAGCACAGGAAGCUCAGGAGCCUCCAGCUGAUCUGCAGGGACUACAUCGACGAAAUCUGGUGCAUGAAGCCGUGCCAGUCUUCCAGCGACAUCACCGAGCUCGUCUUUGACCAUGUAGUCGUCCAUGGGUGGACGGAGAGCAUCAAGGACGCGGCCACCUUCCACGAGUUCAACAACAACCGGGGCCAGCUGACUCUCCAGCGCAAGGGCUGCACUGGGGGCAUGCCGCUGGAGAGCCUGCGGAGGCCAUUUGACGAGUCCGUCGUCCUCUGGCACCUCGCCACGGAUUUCUGCUUCUUCCGCCCCAUGGAUGACGCCGCCGCAGGCAAGUCAGCCACCCCUAACAGCCAUGGACAUGAUGAAGGAGACGCCGCCCGCCGCCGCAGCAGAGAGAUCUCCAACUACAUGGCCUACUUAUUGUCCACCAACCCGGAGAUGCUAAUGCCCGGCUCCAGGCGGAGCCUGUUCAAGGAAGCCUACGACAAGCUCGAUGAAAUGGCCGGGGACAAGGACGACAGCACCUCAUCACCAAUUCCAAAUGGGACGGUACCCACACAAAAGAAGACGAAGAAGCCGUCAAUGCUGGACGAGCAACAGAUGAUUGCCUCUCAGAUCAUGCAGAAGCUGCAGAGCGCCAAGGAGGGUUCAGAAAGUUUGGUUCUUGACGCCUGGGUCCUCGCCCAAGAGCUCAUGGAUAUAGCAGGCAAGGACGACGACGGGGUGGAAGGGGAGGCGAAGAUGUGGAGGGUGAUCCAGGGCGUGUGGGUGGAGAUGCUCUGCUUCUCUGCCGGCAGGUGCCGAGGUUUUCUGCAUGCCAAGAGCCUUGGCAAGGGUGGGGAGUACCUCUCCUACGUCUGGAUGCUCAUGUCCUUCCUUGGCAUGGAGACACUGGCGGAGAGGCUGCAGAGGACGGAGCUGCACGUGCAGGGAGACAUGGGCGCCACCCGCCUGAUGACGCCGGCUGCAUCUGAGAUGCCAACGCCAACCGGCAGCAACAAUGUUUGA